ACAGAAAAUGGAUGGAUGGACAUAUUACUUUCAGGUUUCACAACACAUGCACAUGAUCCACAAAAAUUUUUUGCUUUCCCUCCCUUUUGAAGCUGUUAAAGCUCUGUACUCUUCUCUCACAAUCUAAGAUGUACCACAUGCUGUUCAAUGAUCGGAAACAUGACGUCACUGUGGGAGGAAUAGUGGAAGUGAUUUCCCAGGGUCCCUAGGUAAAAUGUGUUUCCAGAGAACCAGAUUAUCAUUCUCAUGAGAUGAGAAAGAGGCUGAGAAACCGAGGUCUUUACUUGCUACAGCACUGCGGAAUUUAGUGCUUAAUUUACUCUUACAUACACAAAACAACUUGUGAAGGUAAUUAGCUGAAGAUUUAGAGUGGAAAGCUUGGGGUGUGACAAUGCUGAUAUCUUAGUGAAUUCUAGCAUGUAGGCCUAUAUGACAGAAAUUUGGUAUCAUAAUCAACAUUUAAUACAGUUUUUUAUUUUAUUUUCAACGUUAAGCGCAUGAGCACUCAGAAUGUAAUUAGGAUCAGCCAAAUUGGUUUUCAGGAGUUUAUUAUAAGCUCAAAGUAGUGGCAGAUUGAUGCUGGCAAAUUUAACCCUGGAUGUUUGAAAGCUAGCAGGUCCCAGUUAGUGUGGGGAUGAUGGAGAUGUCCAGCUGGUCUGAAUACAACAUGCUGCUAAACAAUUCUUCCUCUCUCCCUUCCUGUCUGUCUUAUGUGACAUCCAGACAGACUUUUUUGUGAGGUCACUCUCUGACCUACAGCACGUCACCUAAAUCACCCAGGCCCUCUAGUGGUAAGAAUCUCUGAGUUUAACUAACUGAUCUCCGCAAUCAACAGAAUUAGUUGUGUUAGAGAGUGAUGUUCAAGAAUAAGUAUAGAUGUAUUGUGUGCAUAGCUAGAGACUCCUUAAGAAAGUGUAACCAGCAGACAUCAAGUACCCAGUUAACUCAAAUAGUUAACAUUUCCUUGUUUUACCUUUUAACGGAGCUGAAAUUUAAAUUGCUUACACCAAUUGUUGGGAUUCAUAUUGACUUUAGAAAAAAAUAUUGUAAUAUUCUUAGAAUAUUACAUAGAGAGAUAUACUGUACAUUUUACUGAUACGACAGUACCAUGAUUGCUAGGUAUAAUGCCCAAGAAACAUCCUGGGCUAAGAGUCAAACUCUCUUAGCCAUUCUCUGGGCAUUCAUAUAACCACUAAUAUUUGUUUGAAUGACACCAUGGCUUGGAAAUAAGGGAGAAAAUGUGCAUAGAGUACUGUUUGUGUUACAUAGUCAACAGCUUAUAGGUGUGAGUUUUCUCUUUUCCCCUCACAUGGGUUCCUUAAACCACGCCAUGGGUUAGAUAGGGUUACACACACCUGCCACUGACACCUGCUUCUUCAUUAAUAAGUAAUGAGUGCAAUGAGCCUGAGUCAAGAGAGGUACAUGUUAGCUGGGAUAUAAACAUGGACAUUACUGUUCUCCCCAACAAUAAUCACCCAGAGAAAUUCCUCCAACUUGAUGUAGGGAUGCUACCAGCCACCCACGGGAUGUUCCAGAUAGGAGCAGCACUGUCUGGCCAAAGGCAGUGGCAUAACAGAGUAUACUCACAGCGUAGAGUAAAGAAGGAGGCAGAAAGACCAUCAUCACUAGAGGGCAGGCCUGACUUCAGAGACAAUGAACUGGAACAACACAUCACACCACUCACUCUGAAACCAAAGAUCAAGCAAAACCCACUCUAUGUAGACCUAAGGACUGCUGACAUGGACGAGAACCAGAGAUAUAAACCAUCCUGGACCAUUGAGGACUAUGACCGACAUUCUUUGCAUGGCAACCUAGCCAGUUAUCAGGAAGAUCCUAGGAAAUUGAAUUUUUGGCUGGAGGAUCUCUACACCCCAGGCUUUGACUCCCUGCUGAAAAAGAAGGAAGCAGAACUUAAAAGGAACAAAAUAUGCAGAAUACUGACUUCAGUCAUUCUCUCAGUUUGCGCAGUUGUGAUCGUUAUCACUGUGCCAAUUGUAGUGACACAUAAAAAAAACUGAUUUCGAAAAUGAAAGCAAGAAGACAGACUUUUAAUUUACCCCAUGGUUCAGCAGAUUAGCAAUGUCUUUUGUCUGUAAGCACAAGCUAUUACUGUUUAUUUUAUUGCUCUUAGGACUGUUAUUACUGUUAGGCCUGAUUGAGGAUUCGCUAUUGUGUUAUGUAAAUAUUGCAUGAGUUUAAACAAGAGUUUGCUCAAGGCCUUAUUUAAAGAAACACAAUAUACAGUAGUGACACUAUAAGGAAUAAUAGCACCACCAAGUGACCAGAAACCAUGUGCAAACCUGACACAAUGUACAUACAUUUAUUACAAGUUAAUUAUUGGUUAUAAUGUCUGCUAUUUUAUUGUAAAGCAUUGUAUUAUAAAAAUAAUAAAAUGGGGGAAAAAAGGAGAUUAGAUUAACCUUAAAUGGAAAGUCUUAAAAAUACUACACCUUUUUCAAUUUCAUUGCAUUUGCUCUGGGGAAAAAGACACAAAUGUGGACCUAUCACAAAAAAAGAGCAGCUAUAAUGAUGGUGACUGGGUGAGCUAUAGGUUUUAGUCUAAUAGAAUUCUGGAUGUUUAUGCAAGAAAAAUAUAAAUAAUUUAGACUUCUAACUCAUUGAUUAAAAUACAUUAUUAAGAUUUAUCUAAAUAACCUAGACUUAGAUCUUUAUCUGAUCCAAUGUCUCAGCAUUUCAGUUGGCAGUGAAAUUUGAUAAAUAUGCAAAAUGUUUAGACGUGAACGUCAUCUUGAAAUGAAUGAUAAUGAUUCAGUCUGUCAGGGGCCUUAUCCAUUAUACGAAUAUAAAUGUGAAAGACUGCAGGUGAGGACUAUAUCACUGCUUGUGUGCAGUGAUUAUCUUCCAUCGCAGUGUCCAUCACAAUGACAAGGACAAAGACAGCUUGGGGUGUGUUAUUUAUCUUUUUCUCACACAUACACAGAACCAGCUGAUACUUCUUGCAGUGUAAUUAUGUUGCAGUUCUUUGUGAUGUUUGAUAAUGACUGUGCUGUUUG